CCCAUCCACCCCGUCACGUCCGUCCGUGCUGCGAUCGCAAUUCAAGCUAGAGGAUCUCUCAUUGUUCCCCGUUCUUUCCACGAUUCGGUCAUUUGGGCUGGAAAUUCAUUAUCGUGUCGAUAUAUUCAUUGCCUCUUGGCAUACUCUCCGAAGCACCGUCUAUAUCCUAGAUCGUCUCGCUCGCUUUGUCUACAUUGAUUCGACAUUAUUCUCGUUCUGGACUGGAUUAUCGGGCCAACUUCCUCCAUCCGCUCAUUGGCUGCACCUCGACAAUCACCUCCUAACUCAUCCCUCACUACCCAGGUGAUUACCGCACCGGCCAGGAAGAAUAAUGGAUCCCAACGCGCCUCAGGGUUUCCCAAUGCAGACGGGUUACCCUGUUCCUGUCUCCCAGAGUCCCCCGGGCCAACAAUUUCCUUACUAUCCGAAUCCCAUCCCCUCCUAUCCUCCACAAAAACCUCCCACCCCCUCUCAUCCCCAGCAACAACAUCCUUUCGGUGCUAUGCCUAUGCAACCUGGUGGACCCAUGAUGCCCGCGGGCUUCCCCCAACAACCUUCUGCAGCACCUCCCCCGAACUUCCCAACUCAAUUUGCCCACUCAGCAGUGCCUACCACCAUGGCUCAGUUCCUCCCACCCCAGGCCACCUCAUCUGCCGCCUACCCCCCAAACACAGCCGCCGCCGCGCCGCAGAAUAUGGCUUCCAUGCCUGCCAACAACAUGGGUCCCGGGCAACCGCAGAAACCGGCGUCGUCGGCCACCGCCUCGCCGGCACCUCCUCAACCCUCCGCGCAAGCAUCCUCGACGGCCGCGCGCGACAAGGCGCGGGUCGCUACACUUUUGGAUAUUAACUCGAUGUUAUUACAAGAGGUGCUCAACCUCCAGAGUGCGGGCAAAGCUGGUGUUCCGCAACCUGCUCAGCAAGGGUCGCAGGAUGGUCAUCCGUCGCCGGCGGCCGAUCAGGCGGGCGACGCCACCAAGGGGCAGGGCCAGAAGCCCAGCCAGGAAUACAUCGACUGCAUGCGGCGCUUACAGUACAACCUGGCGUACCUUGCGACCUUUGCCGACCGUUCCAAGAAAACCGGCAGCGCGCCUCCGUCUGCACCCGCUAUCAUGAGCCCACCGCCACAUUUGACGUCGAUGAAUGAGAUCUACCAGCGGCUGGCGGAGCUCUUUCCUCGCGCGGCACCGGGCGCCAGUGGUGCUUCUCAACCGAGCCCCCAGGCGGGUCAGGGGAAUGGCCGGCCCAGUCCUUCCCCCGCUACCGAUCCCGCUGCCUGAACUCUACCAUCUCGCGGAUAUCGCGAUGCCUACCUUUCUCUUCUCUCUUCCUUUCUCUUUUAUAUUGGAAUGCGGCAGUUCAGUUAGAAUCUACCCGACUGUGAGGUCUACUGUAUAGCUAGACAAAGAUCGAUCUGAGACCCCCCCAGAUAGGCACGUCUGGCCGCAGCGCAGCAGAAUUCCCUUACUUUCAACACAAGUUGUACAAAAUCGGUUACAAAGUUGGCCACGAAUUCGUCGACCUAGCCCCGGAUUUAUGAGCUACAAAGUUUGAUCGAUCUGGGGUCCCCAAAGAUUCUGGUUUUCCCGACCCAGAUACGGUGGUCAGAGGAGGGAUCGCGCACGGGUCUCGUCGGGUCUCGUCGGGUCUAGUCCCGACAUAACAAGAUGCGGGUUGACCGGUGGCGUCGUCGUGGGGAGCAAAUAUUUUUUAAACUCCAGCUGCGGGGAUGGUGGGGAAUGUACAGUAGACGUUGGCUAGAUAUAUUGGCAACUUGAGCAUUAGAAUU